CAGUGAAGUGGUCUCAUGCUCUUCCUUUGCUUCAUUUGUCCGUUCCAGACAGUCCAAUUUGUGCAGGGCAUUUUUGUGGAGAAGUACGACCCCACAAUAGAAGACUCCUACAGAAAGCAAGUCGAGGUCGAUGGACAGCAAUGUAUGCUUGAAAUCCUGGACACGGCUGGAACGGAACAAUUCACAGCAAUGAGGGACCUGUACAUGAAGAAUGGCCAAGGCUUUGCUUUGGUGUACUCCAUUACAGCGCAGUCAACAUUCAAUGACCUGCAGGACCUCCGGGAACAGAUCCUGCGAGUAAAGGACACUGAAGACGUGAGUGUUGGUCUCUUAAAAUGCUUUUUUUGUUCACACA